GCGCGGCCACGAAGCUGGACCUGUAGCAGUUUCCGUGGUUACCUGGGCCGCUUGAGUCCAGCCACUAUGCCUAUCCGUGCGCUGUGCACUAUCUGCUCUGACUUCUUCGACCAUUCCCGCGACGUGGCCGCUAUUCACUGUGGCCACACCUUUCACCUGCAGUGUCUAAUCCAGUGGUUUGAGACAGCACCAAGUCGGACCUGCCCACAAUGCCGAAUUCAGGUUGGCAAAAGAACCAUUAUCAAUAAGCUCUUCUUUGACCUUGCGCAGGAGGAAGAGAGUGUCUUAGAUGCAGAAUUCUUAAAGAAUGAACUGGACAAUCUGAGAGCCCAGCUUUCCCAGAAAGAGAGGGAGAAACGGGACAGCCAGGUUAUCAUUGACAAUCUACGGAACAUACUGGAAGAGCGCAACACCACUGUGGAAUCACUACAGAAGGCCUUAGGCAAGUCUGAGAUGCUGUGCUCCACUCUCAAAAAGCAGAUGAAGUACUUGGAGCAACAACAGGAUGAAACCAAACAAGCACGUGAGGAGGCACGUCGACUCAGGAGCAAGAUGAAGACCAUGGAGCAGAUUGAACUCCUACUCCAGAGCCAGCGGCCUGAGGUGGAGGAGAUGAUCCGAGACAUGGGUGUAGGACAAUCAGCAGUGGAACAGCUGGCUGUGUACUGUGUGUCCCUCAAGAAAGAGUAUGAGAAUUUGAAAGAGGCACGGAAGGCUUCGGGGGAGCUGGCUGACAAGUUGAAGAAGGACUUGGCCUCCUCCAGAAGCAAGUUGCAGACAGUCUACUCUGAAUUGGAUCAAGCCAAAUUAGAGCUGAGGUCAGCCCAGAAGGACUUACAAAGUGCUGACAAGGAAAUCAUGAGUCUAAAAAAGAAGCUGACAAUGUUGCAGGAAACCUUGAGUCUGCCACCAGUGGCUAAUGAGACUGUCAACCGCCUGGUUUUAGAGAGCCCAGCACCUGUAGAGAUGCUGAACCUGAAGCUCCGACGGCCAUCCUUCAGUGAUGAUAUUGACCUCAAUGCUACCUUUGAUGUGGAUACCCCUCCAACCCGGCCCUCCAGUUCCCAGCAUGGCUACUCCAAGAAGCUCUGCCUGGAGAAGGCACACUCUCCUGUUCAGGAUGUCCUCAAGAAGAUCCCCAAAAGACCCAAGCAGGAGUCCCAGCUCUCUCUGGGUGGCCAGUGCUGUGUAGGAGAGCCAGAUGAGGAACUGGCUGGUGCUUUCCCUCUCUUCAUCCGGAAUGCUGUCCUGGGUCAGAAACAGUCCAAGAGGGCCAUGUCAGAGUCCUGUUGCAGCACAGAUGCGGUAAGAACAGGCUUCGAUGGACUUGGAGGCAGAACAAAAUUCAUCCAGCCUACAGACCCAACCAUGAUCCGCCCACUCCCUGUAAAGCCCAAGACAAAGGCUAAGCAGAGAGUGAGGGCAAGGACUGUGUCUUCCUCUCAAGCCAAGCUGGAUACCUUCCUGUGGCAGUGAGAACAGUGAGCAAGCAGUGGCCAGACUCAUGCUUCUAAUCAGUAGGUCAAGAACUGGCCAGGUUUGGGGGAUGGCCCCUCUUCUAGAAGAAGCCCUGAGAGCAAGGGCAGAAGAGCAGAUGAGGAUGAGAAUGACUCUAAGACUUUGCACUUCUUGCACUUAGUCAGCCCUACCUCACCACACUGGGCUUGCUUUUGGGAGCUGUCACAACCAGCUUACCAUUUCAGUCAGAAGGGCUUAUUCCUAGUUGUGGGCUCCUGUUUAAAGUCAUGAUCAGAUGUGGCUGGGCUCCUUCUAGUCCUAGAGACUAGGGUCACUUGAUUGUAUGGACAAAAAUGCUUGAAGCUUCUCAGGCAGCUGGGCCUGAGCUUCUGCCUGCCUCCAACUUGUAACUAGGCAUGGC